AUGGCACCGAGCAACGCGGAACCAACGGCCACCCCUCGCGUCGACGCGGCCUUUUCAUCGCUCAAGACGCCCGAUGACAAGCGCAACAGCCUCGUGGGCGAGCCUCAGCUGGCUACUCCAUGGGCCAGCCGCGUCCCCAUUGUCGGCAACCUGCUGCAGGUGCUGAUGGUGGCGGCCAUCGUCGCCUACGCGUACGGCCAGCUCUUCUACUUCUCGGACACCUACACGGAUCUGAGCUCGACUAUCGGCACGUGGUUCGGCGUUCCUGUCGGCGGGGAGAAGAGUGCGGGCGGCCACUCAGAAAUGGUGCGACCCACGUACUUCUUCCUUGUUGCGUUCCUGCCGAUCGCAGCGUCGCUGGUGUUUCUCGAGGUGCUGAGGCACUUCAACGUGCGUCGGAUCACGUCACAGUCAGUCCUCAGUUUGACUCGAGUGCUCCGUCGUAAGCCUCGCAUCUUCGGGUGGGUGGCCCGGAAGAUGCACAAGAGGGGCCGCGAGUUCAACUUCGAGCUGUACCUGGAGAUGGUUGCGCUCACGCUGGGCUUCACUUGCAUCUACAACAUGGCCUUCCUCUUCCUGCCGGCCACGCGCAACUGCGUGUGGAUGGAGUUCCUUAACAUCUCGUACGCCAAUGGGAUCAAGUAUCACCGCUGGGUGGGCGUUAUCACCGUCUUGACGGCGCUGUUCCACUGUAUCGGGUACUACUGGUCGUGGAUCCGACAGGGGGAGUGGAGGGAGAACGCCCUACCCUGCUUCGACUGCGAAGUCGGCAGCAAGGAGGGCCACGACCCGUGGAUGAACUUCUUCGGAGAGAUCGCGCUGCUGGCCUUCCUGGCCAUUGGCCUGACGUCCAUCCCGUGGGUGCGCCGCAAAAUGUACAACACGUUCUACUCCGUACACCACCUCUUCCUGGUCGGCACCAUCUUCGCCGUGCUGCACUAUAACGCCAUCCUCGCGUGGAUCUUCCCGUCCGUCAUGCUUUACGUCAUCUGCCGUGCGCUCUCCAGCUCCAACGGGUUCUCCCCGGUCUCUGUGGUGGUGGCGCGUUCUACCGCCCCCGCGGGCGACUUCAAGGUCGGCCAGUUCGUCUACAUCAACGUGCCGGCCAUCUCCAAGCUGCAGUGGCACGCCUUCACCAUCGCGUCGUCGCCGCGCUCCAGCCCCGACUCGCUGACGAUCCUGCUCAAGUCACUCGGUGACUGGACCCAGGAGCUCGUCCAGUACUCGGAGGACUGCAAGAAGGACAACGUGCUGCCGACCAUCUACGUGGACGGCUACUACGGCGGCUCGCUCGAGAUGUACGACGAGUACUCGACCGUGUGUCUCGUGGGCGGCGGCAUCGGCGUGACGCCCUUGUUCGCCAUCCUUGAGGACAUCGUGACCAAGCUGCACCACGGCGAGAGCAUCCGCCAGAAGGUCUUCUUCAUCUUCUCGUUCCGUGAGCUGUCGCUGCUGGAGGAGAUCCACCCGCUGCUGGUCAAGAUCAAGGAGCUGGACCCGCAGGAGCAGUACUUCAGCCUGCACUUCAGCCUCACGCGCGCGCCGACGACCGAGCAGCUGGAGAAGACGAUCGACCACGGCCGUCUCGCGGGCAAGCCGCACGCGUCUGCGGUUCGCUAUGACUCGGCCAAGGUCCCGACCCCUUUCGCUAUGUCCGUCCGCUCCGGAACCAGUCGAGUGGCCAUGUACACGGCCUCGUUCCUGGUGACGCUCAUCGUCGUGGUGCUCGUCAAGUACGGCAACAAGGUGCAGGCCGAGGACGAGAAUCUGUGGCCCCUGCAGAACCUCGUGGAGAUCUCGCUGCUCAUGGUCGUGGCCUUUGUGGCCGUGUUCGUGAGUAUCGCGCUGGAGAGCAAGACCCGCGUGCAGAAGAGCGAUUCGAGGCGCGCGUACGACGUGGCGGAGACGCCCCAGACGACGGUAUCUCUCGCUCUCAACACGGACGUGCAGACGUUCCAGGACCUCAUCUCCGAGUACAACGUCCAGGUGGGCCAGCGCCCUAACAUCCCCGAGCUCAUGCAGAAGGCGCUCGAGGGCCACAAGGAGCUCACGUCGAGUGACCCGUCGGCUGUUGUUCCGGGCAACUCAACGAUCGGGGUCUUCGUGUCUGGCCCGGAGGAGAUGAAGCUGGCGGUCGAGUACGCAAUCGCUGACAUUGGCGCCAGCCACUUUGACGUCUUUGAGGAGGAGUUCGAGCUGUAA